AUAUUUUAGAAACGUUUUGGAAGCGAGAUUCCGCAAGCUUCCACAAGGUUCCGAUUCCGAUUCUGGUUCCGAAGCGGGAAGCGGACGUCCGAUGAAGCUUCCGUGCAACGUAGCUCUCAACUCCACGGAUCUGGUCUUCAUGUUCUUCUCCUUCAUUCUCAUCUCUCCCAUCCCUCUCCAAUCUUACUGUUUCUCUCAUCUCUCCUAUCUCUCUCCACGCCUCUCUCAUCUCUCCCAUCUCUCUCCCACCGCAUCUCCUCCUCGUCUCACCACCACCACGGUCGCCCUCCCACCACCACCACCACGGUCGCCCUCCCACCACCACCACGGUCGCACUCCCACCACCACCACGGUCGCACUCCCACCACCACCACGUUGGGGAGGCAAGGUUCAUGGUGGCUGGAGGAGGCAAGGUCCAUGGCGGCUUGAGGACGGAAGUCUCGUGGCGGCUGGAGGAGGCAAGGCUCAUGGCUGUUGGAAGAGGGGCAAGGUUAUGGAGGAGGCGGCUGCAGUCUUUUCUUUUUUUGUUUUAGGUUUAGAUUUGGUUUAGUGUAACCGGGUUAGAAAAAUUGUAGUGGUCUGAGUUUAUGUUAUAAUUUCUGGUUAGUUUUGUAAACCAGGAUUAAUUUGUAAACCAAUUUUAAUAUAUAAAUAAAAUUUAUUUUAAUUUCA